AUGUUCGAGGGAUUGGUGAAACGGCUCUUGGACACCUACCUGGCUCCAUAUGUGGAUGGUAUCACGCAAAACCUUCAACUUGCCGUAUGGUCUGGUAACAUCGUUUUAGAGAAUCUUACCUUAAAGACCGACAUCACGGAUAAACUUGCGCUACCCUUCGACAUACACUUUGGAAGGAUAGGCAGACUGAAGGUAACGAUCCCAUGGGCCAGCUUAGGUACUACCCCUGUGAAAGUUCUUGUAGACUCACUCUACCUCUGUAUAAGCGGGGUAGCUGCGGAUAAAAGUGAUGAAGAGUUGCUGAGAUACGUCCGUGUCAGCAAGGAGAAGCUUACAAGUGUUCUCGAGAAUGAAUACAGUGCUUUUGUAAGUAGUCUCAACAUCAAGACUGACGUUAACUCAUCAUAUCUAAUACGUCUAUCGCAGAAAGUGCUCAACAAUAUCCAAAUCGAUUUCACGAAUAUCCAUGUGCACUGUUCGGAUUCACGACAUGCAUUUGGGUUCAUCAUUGACUCAAUUUCUAUUCGGAAAUUCCGACCAGAUGAUGGCAACGGUGUUCUAAGGGUAGAGACUAAUGAUACUGUUAAGGAAGAGGCGGUGACCCAUGUUUGUUCUCUUCUCGGAUUUUCUAUAUAUGAAAGGCCGGGAGACCCAGAUGAUGAUGUUGAACAUACGUCGUCCGAUGCGGAUGACAGCAAAUUGGAAGUAGGGAAAGAUCCUGCGGAUGAAAAUGGAGAUACGGCUAAAGAGGGUAGCGGGUCUGCUCUUGCUCUUCUGGAGGAUACAGGCGGUGAUUCUGUUGCAGAUCCUGAGGAGCUCCAGAAAGCAGCCGACGCUAUGCGUCGAAUCAAGCGUGCAGAGAGUACAUUGGAGCGAUUUAGUACGGGCCAUCUGGUAACAAAUACGUUGCUUGACAAGCUUUCAUUUCGUCUAUUUCUGGCAAUUAAUGUAAAGCACAAGUCCAUAUUUGCAUCACUACGGGUUGGUGCUGUGGAGAUUGCAUCGGGCAUGAGUCCUAAUGAGCGUGAAACUUUGCGUAUAGUACUCUCUUUGGAGAGUGUGCGUGCAUUUGUCGAUAUAUGGACCAACGUCAUGUUGGAGUCCGAGAGGAGUGAGCGUCUUUUGAUGGAGAAGGCUUACACCGUAGACCUCAGUGCAGAGGGUAUCAAGGGUACAACUCGUGAAGAGUACAUCACACUUUACACAAAGUUGAUAAACUCGCAACAGGUAGGGGGUGAUCCACUGUCAUUCACUGAGCAUGAGCGUCUCAUCGUUUUGACUGAUGUGGUACCCGCACGUCAUUUGGCACGAUGGCGUUUUGCAUCGCGUAAACUUACCGAUGCAGCAGCUGCUUCUGAGCAAUCUAAGAGAAUAGCCGCUGCUGCUGCAGGCUCUCCUGCUCCUACUACCACUACUUGGUUCGGUUGGCUUAAGGGUGUCGCUAGUUCGGUGAAUAAAAAGAACAUAUUCAAGUCUAGUAAUCCCGCACCAGGUGCUAAGUCGACAGGAACAGAGCUGUCUGUAAUUAUAGAACGAGAUAAUGGUUCGGCUGUUGAUGUGGAUGCCAGUUCCAAGGAGCCCCUUGAUGCCGUUGAAAGCGGCUUAGAGGAGCCCAUGAAAUCAUUGCCUGAUAAAUCGACGGAAAUACGUGAUUACAGUCAAUCUGACUCUUCUCACGAAGAGUCACCCAAGGGUUCAACGGAACUUGUUGAAGCUGUAUCUCCCUUUGUUGACUCCUCUACUGUGGAACCCACUGGUGAUACUGAUUACACCGAUUAUGCCCGUUAUUCAACAAUGGUAGAUGCUGGCCAGGUCGAGUGUCUUCCAGGUGGUCUGGUAUUGACUGGUGAGGAGGUUGAGUUAAUAAAAGACGCUAUGGCUAUUGGUGACAUGUUUGAUGACUCUAUGGCUACUAGUAAUUACUACUUCGAAUGUGUAUUACCUCACUUUGAAUUUGUAAUUGAUGUUGGUGGCCAUGUUGGUGGUCAUGUCGGUGGCGGCUGUGACUCCCUCUGCAUGUCUACUGGUAACUUGAAUUUACAAGUUUACUUCAACGCUGCUGUGGACACUAACGACCGCGACACCUACAACGCCUAUUUCUGGAUGAACUUGGAUUCCUUUGAGGUUCGGUACAAGAACACUGUGAUCAUGGCAUUUUUGAAAACAGGUGAUAGUGCGGUUAGUGAUUCGGUUUCAGAUAUUCGGCCAUCGCCUUCAUUAAGCGGUGAUAAUUUUGCCAUAGACCUGCGUCUGGUACAUAAAGUUACCGGCCAGGGUAAUUUGAUAAUGGUUAACGGGGAGUUGAAACCUAUGGAGACCCAUUUAAUCCCUGCUGUGAUGUCGGAGCUAAUUGAGAUUUUGUUGUAUAUUCAGACUAGCAAUACACGCAACCAACCAUCCACAAUCCCGACUAGUACGGUUGAGUCAUACAGGUUGCACGGUCCUGUACUGAAUAAGAUAGGUUUCGGUGCUGCUGUUGACGAUGAGCUGUGGCCGUCAGACCGUACUGCUACACGUAUGUCCGCUGAUCAUCUGCCGGCACUAUUUGCGUUUGAUAUAAAGUUUGCUGCACCUAUCCUGAUGAUCUACAACGACGAAGGUGACUGUAUAAACUUACGUUUCGGUACACUGAACCUGAAAUCAAACGGUGCGUGUCAUCUAUCUAGUAUGUCUGGCACUAUCGAGCUUAAGGAAACGCAAUUGAGUUGUCUUCGUCAUGGUAACACUGAGGGUUCAUGGUACAGUUUCCUACGUCCUCUACCCGUGAAGAUACACUAUGAUUGUGAUUUUAUAUCCAAAUCCAUUAACGUCGACAUCCUAUUUGAAGAGUUGUUCAUGCAGGCCACUCCUAUGGAUACAGCGAUGUUAUACCGUAUCCCUUCGGAGAUUGUAGCUUGUCUUUUGGGUGCCCGGGCAUCUUUACGCCGUGGUUGUGCUGUUAAGCCGGUAGUUGAAACUGCCCCGCCUAAGACAGCAUUUGAAAAGCUCCCGUUUAACGUGAAGGCUAUGGUCAUUUUUUGUCAUUCUGGUUUUGCUGUAUGGAACGCUGAGGGUUGCCAGGUCUUCAAGCUGGACAUGCACAACGUAUCUCUAGAAGUUGAGGUUACAAAGCGUAAUUUACGUGCUAUAUUGGGGCUCGAACGUAUCAUGAUGUCUAACCCAGCUAUGGACAUGCCACUGUUCUUCACCCAUCUUGACACCGCACCUAUGGGCCGCUCAUCUAUCCAUACCGACGACGACGAUGAUAACGAGUUUGAGGAUGCACUUGAGGAGACUGUGAAAUCGUUAGAGGUUGAGAUCAGCAGUAACGACUCAUCCCAGCUCUGUGUGACCGCAGACAUAACUGAGAUGGAGGGUAACUGGCAACAUUCAAGUGUCAAAUUGAUUAUCGAUACUAUGGAGGAGUACAAACAGUUUUGUGAACCUGGCGAUAGCGGCGAAGCGCCAUUAAAAACUAGCGGUGACGAUCCUGCAUCUGUGCAACCUACCGAUAUACUGCCUAAACAGGAACUAGAUUCUGAAUCUUCCCAUUCCUCGGUUAAAGAGGAGCACCGUCUAGUUAAUACUUUGGUCCAAGAAUUGACAACACCUAGAUCAGAGGGUAUUUUAUCUGCUGGAUCUUCAGUUUUGGAACCACCUAGCGAGGUUGAAACUGCUGACCCAAUCCUUCGCAGUUUAUCGACACUAUCGUUGAACACCGAGGAUGGUAUCGAUACUUCAGGUCGUUACAAAAUUAUAAGGGGUGAUAGUUCAACGAUGCCUAACGGAGCCCCUGUGACGAGCGAUGGCCCAUACUCUGGUGAAAAUGACGACUGUAACGUUGAUUGGCAGACUUUGCCUAUUCUCUUGUCUGAGAAGGAGCAGAAGGGCCAUAAGACUUUGGUGACGGUAAACGUGAAAGGUGCGGCUAUAGCAUUUUGGAAUGCGCAGAGCCAAGUAGAAGCUCGUCUUAGUGUAAGCCGUAUCGCUUACAAUUUCGUUAAAUAUGUAAACUGUGAAUCCAAAUCGGACCUUGAAGUUGGUACAGCAAAAUUGACCUAUGGUAACAGGUGUUUGUUAUCCUAUACAGAUACGAAAUCGUUAGAAGAGGGGGUCAAUGCCAUAGAGACCAGCGGUACUGACAAGCCUCUGAUGAGCAUUAGUUGGAAGUUAUAUGACAGUCAUAACCUUGGAGUACCCUAUUCUAUGUGUGUUCGUGGUGUUUUGGAACGCAUAGUUUUUGUCUAUUUCCAUCAGGAUAUCUCCAGACUGAUGGAUUACCUUGAUGACGGUAUCCUGAGUGUGUUUAUCUCGCGUUCCUACCACAAGGUGGUAGAGGCUGCAGCUUCCACUCAUAUGUUCUAUAGUUUCUCCGUGGCAUCUCCAUGUUUCUUGAUACCUGAAAACAAGGCAAUCUUAUCAACUAAGUGGCAUCAGCAAACAGCACCUGGGUCGACACUACCCAACCACGUAUCCCGAGCCAAUACUACACAAAUGUGUAUCCCCAAGUUAUCUGAAGAUCAUUUCUGUAGUGCAAUGGGUCAAAAGUUAAGUGGUAUUGUGGAUACAUGGUACUUCGGAUCCUAUCUGCUUUUUGAAUUGGGGCAUCUCUAUAUCCGAAAUGGUUAUACCGAGAGAGAGGGGAAAUUAGAGCAAUCUACUAUAUACCUGAAACUGUUGGGUACCCGUGCAUCUAUAAUCGAGCAAACAAACGGUUCUACUGAUGUAAUGGGUAGUAUACUACAGUCCACGGAUCUUGCAGUAUGCUACAUGGGUGGUACCAUGUUGGACCUUGGUAUAGAUUCUGAAGCUUGGAUUUUGAAGCUUACACGUAUGCAGUUAACGUUUAUAGUGGAUGUUUUGAAUGAGAAUGUUUGUGGUUCUUCGCAUAAGAAUCGUGCCCAAGGCACUGUUGCCCCGCAUAAAACACAGUCUAGAUGCAGUAUCCGUCUAUCUCUCAAGAGGUUUGAAUUUGACACUUUAUUUGCAUCAAACAAGCCGCUAGCGAAUUUAAGGUUCAACGGCAUCACGGUAUGUCUAAACUAUGCAUCAGAUAGCGUCCGUAUGACAUCUUGUUACCAAUUCGCUCUAUGUGGUAAGACUUUGACCGUUGACGAUACACGUCGGGACUCUAUUAACGUUCACCGUCGCUUGAUCAACUGUUUUGUCCAUGAGCGUAGUAGGGAAUCGGAUGUAUUAUCUGGUGACGAUGAAGAGGCACAUUGUAUGGAACCUAGUGUCAGCCGGUUGCUACAAAACUGGUUGCGACAAUAUAAAUUGAGGACUGGCCAUGAUCUAUUCAGUAACGCUUCAUCUGCCGAUUUCUAUGGUAUAAAGCUUGUUGUUGUGAAUGAGAAUAAUCAGACCAACGUGGACUGUAUGGUGGCGAACGCUGAUAUCUCGUUAUUGUGUAUCCAUGCUAUGGAUCUGUUGCGUUAUUUCACAUUAUCCUACGCCACAAGCUCCAUGGCAAUGUCGCCCAAGCAUUCUCAAUCGACACAGCCUACAUCAAGUGAGAAGACCUAUACAUUUAAUUUCAAAGCAACAAACGGUAAAUUCAUUGCGUUCACCCGAAUGGACUCUACAACUUCUCCGCAACUUGAGUUGAGUACAGACUUCAUCCUUGAAAUGACGAUGCAUAAUGGUUCCUUUAAUUUUUUGAAAGUGGAUGUCCUUGGAUGUAAGUUGGAGCGUGUUUACCCCGUUAGUGGCAUGUCACAAGUGCUCUGUGGCUGUCUCGAGGUCUAUGGCAGUGGCCAAUACGUAAGUCAUCAGCAGGGUUUCAAGAUGUUCUUUAACUUUACAGUCCCACCAUCUAACCUUACCCUUUAUACUAAGGAUCUUAGUGUGAUUUUGGCUGCCUUCUCUGCGGUAUUAACGGACGGUCCUUCAGCAGCUCCACCUAAAGCUGAGGACAACGCUAGCGCUAAGAAUGGAGGUUCUUCCAGCAGGUUCCUAUCGGUGAGCUUUAAUAUAAAGGGUAUUAAGAUAACCUUCUUUGAUGAUAUGCGUAAAUGUAUAGUCCCGAUGAUGCGCCUAUCCAUGGCCAGCGAUAAUAUCGAGUACAUGAGCCUACCGAUCGAGAAACGUUAUACAGUGGUGAGAUGUUCCACCCGUUUGGAGUAUUUCAACGCUGUAAUUGGUGAUUGGGAGCCUUUCUUGGAGCGCUGUAACUGCAGCCUCGAAUAUACCAACAACAUCCAUACCCAAAAGUCUCUUAACCGUCAGGGUAAAACUGUGCGUACUGGUAGUGACGAUGAAUGGAAAGACUUUAUCCCGAACAAAGUUUUGAAGAUAACCAGUACCCAUAACAUUCUUAUCAACAUAACCCCGAGUUUAUGCCAACUUUUACUAUGGUUCGUACCUAUGCUGACUAACAAUAUCCAACGUGGUUUGGUUUAUCUGGAUUCUGCCGAGGAAGAACCCAGUAUUGAAAUUGAGAAUAGCGCAUAUCGUUACGUGAACCUUACUGGCCACGAGUAUCGUGUAUUUACUAUCGGAGUAGUUGGUAAUUCCCCCGCUGGGAUAAGUGGUCUUCGUACCAUCGAGAAGUCUAACGUGCCCAAGGAGCUAGAUUCCGUGGUUAGCCUCGUGGGUGCUGACGAGAGUAGUAGUUCGUGUAUAUACGUGGUCCCACGUCCUCCAGCAGAAAGGGUCGAGCUGCUAUGCGACGAGAUGGGCAUAUCUAACAAAGAGCCCGUAGAACGUGACUUGAUGGUUACACGGAGCAUUGCAAAGACCAAAGCGAACCUUAGCCAUAGCAAGUCUUUUAUGCCAUCAAGUUAUGCCACACCUUUUGAAAACGGUACCUGUGCUGCUAUGGUACCCCUUGCCCGUAACUGUUCUGUCCUUUUGAAAUCGCCAAUAGAGGAUCUACCGGGCCGUUACAACAAAGAUACGAUGAUAUGUGAAGUGAAGACACCACACCCCUCACACAAGCUAUUGAUGUUCACAUCUACAGUACGGCUCUACAAUCGUAGUGGUAUGCCGGUGGUAUUCACAUUCCUCGACCAGAAGUUUAAUGUAAUACCGGUAUCGAGUUUGAAGACCCGUGGAGCACCAAUAUCGAUAUUGGAUAAGGGUGGCGCCUUGGGUGAGGAGUUUGGCGAAACUACCACAGUGCACUUUCCGGAGUCCAGUGUGGAAUAUCUCCGUUUACAACAGGAAGAAUAUGGAUACACAAUGUUAUUAGAACACAACCACUUUGCAUCUGUACCAGAAUGUGCAUUCCAAGGCCCAUCUCAUGCGGUAAUGAGUUUCUUACCAGCUCCUUUAGCAAUGAACCGUUCAUUUAUGGAGGCGUUCCAUGCCAAGGCUAAACAGCGUGAUAGCACACGUACGGAAAUGUGGAUGAAAUUGUCUAAUAUGUCUGGAUGGUCAAAGGUUAUCGAUAGUUCUCGUCAUCAAGGUACCCGUGUACGUCAAUGCUAUUGCCCCGGGUUCACCAAGUCUAACUUUUUAUAUUUCGUGGUCACAGUAAUAAAGAGACGCAGCGCCUUCCCAGCAAAUGUUGAUAUGCGCGAUAUUAUUAUCUACCCUGCGCUUAGCGUCAUGAAUACACUCCCAAUGGAACUUGAUGUAUGCCUCGCUGCUAACGAUCGUGUGCCAACAGAUGAUAGCAGUACUAGUUCAAAGAAGACGGAGCGUUGUAUCCAAGAAACUUUGACAUUACUGAGACAAUCUAUCACCCACAUAUAUUCGUUACCGCCUAACGAAUCUCUAAGUUUUAUGGCCAAGAUAUGUUAUAACGGGUCCAACAUUUGGUCUGAACGUGUGGCCAAGAUUUAUGGUACUUCAGAAACACAUACGAUGUUACAGAUACCGAUAAGGGGUAUGGCAUCGGUAGAACUGGAGCUUAUACGUUACCCGGGUGGCCUACCCGUUUCCUCAACGUCAUUCCAGGGCCACCUGAGCCUCAUCAUAAAUGCUCCAUGGUGGUUUAUGGAUCGUACUGGAUUAGGUAUAUCAUUCCAGAGACGUCUUCCCCGUGCUGUAAUGUGUGGUUUAUCAUUCUUCUCUUCCGAAGAUGAGGAUGACGCGUUGAACCUUUGCGUUAACGGUAAAGCAUCGGAUAGGAUAGACAAUAGUGUCAGGAUGCCUGCGGUUGGAGGAUACUCCUAUGCUUUGGUAGAAAGUGGUGGGAAACACCAUUCGGUUUGUCUAAUGACAGAAAAGCUAUCUAUUAGUGGCCUUUCGAAUCAUGUAGCAUGCCGUAUCACCUCUGCCAUACCAAGUUUCCUAUUCACUAACAACCUGAAUGGCACUAUAUAUAUCCGUAAGGAUCCUCGGAUGCAACCUUUGAAAGUCGAAAGUGGCAAGAGCAUUGCUGUUCCGUGGGUAUCUUCCAAGGCCCUCUCUGACCCUUCAAACAUCGGUUCCACAGUGGCAUCUAUCGAGUUCAAACCCACAGAGGAUUCACAUUGGAGCAGCCCUAUAUUACUGUCAGAGAGCCAUUCAGGUCAGACAUAUAUGUGUAUGAGGCAAGAGAAGAGUAACAAGCCUUUGGUGUUUUGUGUAUCUGUGGUACCCAAGGGUGGGACGAAAUACUGUUCCAUUUCCUAUCCACAGCGUGCUAAUGAAGGUUAUGUUCUACUUAACCAAUGUCCUUAUAUCAAGGCGGCUAUGGUUCGUACAUUCCAUCAAGGUGGUGAUUCUAGUUCCAAAGGUAACGGUGUAUACUUCACAGCAAAAUAUGGACAAUCAGUGCACUUUGGUUGGCAGCAGCCGUUUUUGAACAAAACUCGUCUAUGCCAGGUUAUGCUAUGGCUUGAUAAGAACACCGUGGCUCCAGUGAAACCACUCGUGAUCAAUAUCGGUUCACCAGCGUUCCGUUACCGUCAGGUCGAGGUGACAACACCGGAAUACGCUAGCAACUACACUGUGUUAGUAUCAGCUGAGAACCGCGGCGAUUAUAUCUCUAUAGAGGUCAAUCCUUCACGCCCAUACCUCGAGUUAGCUCGCAAUUUCGCAGAAUCUACAAGUUCAAGUCGUACAAGUAUCAGCUCAAUUCGUGCACCCUCGUUAUCACAGUAUCACGGCUCUGAUCCAGGAGAUCACACCCCUGAAAGACGUCAUAGCGAUACUCGAGGUCUCCUUGAACUGAACCCUGAUGUUUUAAAGAGCUCUGAAGAAAAUGUUGACGGCAAUGAUGGUGAUGACGAUAUUGUGACAGAGCCCGUUUCACGGAGUUUACAAAUGCAAAUCCAACUCUCACAAAUAGGAUUGAGUUUGGUGUCACACCAUUUACAUGAGGAAUUGAUAUUCCUUGAAAUGUCUACAGUGUCGUUUGUAUGUUUGUGGAAUGGAGAUCACCAACGUCUGGAACUACGUAUAAGUGACAUUCAGAUCGACAAUCAGACCGAGGAGAAGCAAAUGGAUGAGGACCAAUCUUCAACUAUCUUGGUUAAUCGUCGCAAAGCAACUGGGCAGGAACACCAGCGUCAUGUUUUGCAAAUAUAUGUUGACCGUCCCUUUGCAAGUUGUAAAGAUUUAUGUCUUAAAAAGAUUUUUGUAGCAUUAGAUGAUCUUGAAGUGGAUAUUUCCGACGCUUUAUUAAGUCGCGUUUAUAAUUUCUAUAAGGAAUGCAUGAAAUGUAUGGGUACUUGGGGAUCACAACAGAAGGUCGAUUUGCGUUUGGUAGACUCUUGGGUCCAGAAAGAAUCACAAGAGAAGUUGUCUUCAUUGGAUAAGAACCCAAUACCGCCUCGAAUGUUGGUAUUAGAUUUUCUAUUUAUCGAACGUUUCAACCUUGUUUUAUGGUGUAGUUUCGAUUUGGAGAAACUGCACAUGUUAGGUGACCUUAUGCGUAUGGGACUUCGUAUCAUCUGUGUAUCACGUCAUUUUGAACUUAUGGGCGCACCACUUCAGUUCCAACAGGAGUAUUUCUGCAACUGCCGAGGGUCAAUUCGUUCUUUCUACGAACAGAUAAAGGACAAAUAUGUCCACGCAGCACUUGGUUGUAUCGGAUCGUUGCUGGGCUACAGUUCAUUGUUGAACAUCCCCAAGAUCCCUAUAAAUGUUGGACGGAACACUAUCGAAUUUGCAGCGGACGCAGUAGACAGUGUCAGUUCCGGUAUCGGCAGUUUGUUGUCUAAGUUUACCUUUGAUAACGAGUAUAUCAACAAACGUCAGCGCGACCGUAUGGCAGUGCCCAGUGGUAACAUGCGUGACGGUAUUUUAUCGGCCAGUAGGAGUAUCGGUGAAGGUUUUAUAUCUCUUACGAAUAUUGUGACAAAGCCUAUUGAAGGUGCUCAGAAGGGUGGUAUGGGCGGUUUUAUUCGUGGUCUUGGUAAAGGUCUCGCCGGUUCUAUAGUGAAACCCAUAGACAAAGUGGGACAGGCAGUAUCACAUGUGUCUCGAACAAUCAAGGUGAACAUGUCUCGUCAAUUGGAAGGUCAUCGUUGGUGUACCGAGCCGUGUCGUCGUCCUCGUAUGCUUUGGGGAGAAUAUUCCCAGCUGAAACCGUAUAGUCUUAGCGACGCCGAGAUCAGACAACAACUUGGUCACAAGUUUGCUAAGAACAUUGUACAUUGCGAAACGGUGGCUAAACGUAACCACCCACAAAGUCAUUUGGCAUUGUUAUUUUAUCCCUCCAAGGUAUAUUACGUAGAUUUGAAGCCGAAACCUACAAUAUUAUGGAAGGUGGCCAUAGCCGACAUUCAGGAGUGUCGUGCAUCAUGCUAUGGCGUUAUUAUAAGAGCUUCGGAGGGCACUUUACAAGUCCCCUGCACAAAUGCAGGGCUCAUCUAUUCUAUUUUCACGGCGCUGCAGCAGGCCAAGCGGCAAUCUAAAUCAUCGAUAGUGAUUGGCCCAGAGUUGUUUGCAUCGUAUAAGUGA